AUGCCUUCCGCCACGAGAGACGAACGCAUUCCGCUACGAAAGUGGCAGCGGCCCAGCAAGACAAAAGUCGACUUACCAUGGGCGGACAUCCAACUUAUUGACAUUUCGAACUUCGACACUCCAGGUGAAAGGGAAAGAUUAGCGGAGCAAUUGCGCAAGGCAAUGAAAGAAACUGGGUUUUUCAGUGUCGUCGGAACAGGACUCACCGAGGAAGAGGUCCAGCGACAGUAUAACAUCGGACAAGCGUUCUUUGCCCUACCUGCAGAGGAGAAAGAUCAACCUCAAUAUAAAUGUGACUUCACUGUCGGCAACUAUUUUGGGUACCGGGCGCCGUAUGAGAAGAAAAUCAUGUCGACUGAAGUCAAGGACAUCGUAGAAUCAUUCAACAUCGCCAAGUAUACCCAACAUUACGCCAAUGAGGCGCGACAUCCGUUUUUUGACGCUUACCGAGAAGAAAUUGAAGAAUUUUCAAGGAAAGCAUUGCGUGUGGCCAGCAAGAUCUUCACGCUCUUUUCGAUCAUCCUCGAAUUGCCCGAGGACUAUUUCUCCUCGAAGCAUGAGUACGACUCUCCGAGCGAGGAUCACUUGCGGUAUAUGACCUACCAUCCACGAACAGUCGAGGAAGACGCCCAAGUGGAGAACACAUGGUCUCGAGCACAUACCGACUUUGGGUCUUUGACCUUGCUCUGGAGUCAGAACGUCGCGGGUUUGCAGAUCAAGACUCAAGGCGGGGAGUGGAAGUAUGUCCCGCCCGUCGAUAACGGGAUUAUCUGCAACGUCGGCGACACACUCGACUUCUGGUCUGCGGGCUAUCUCAAAUCCACGACGCAUAGGGUGGUGCGGCCGCCUCCUGACCAGACCAAUGUAGACCGAUUGGGGUUGUUUUACUUCGUUCGCCCAGGUGACAAUGUUGACAUCAAGCCCGUAGCUUCGCCUCUGCUAAAACGGCUGGGGCUGGUAAGAGAGGGUCAGGAGGCCGCUGAGCCUAUCACGGGACUACAAUACGUGCGAGAGAGAGUGAAGAACUACCAUAAUCAUGCCGAUUAUGCUGAUAUGAGAGGGAAGAAAUUCAAGUUUGGGAAUCUAGAAAUUGAAGACGAAGCUGCUUGA